AUGGCCCAGAACAAGGGCACCUGAUUUUCUAAGGCCUGGGGGUAUUUCAACUUGGCCUCUGCUGGUGCUGGGCCCCAUUACAAAUAAUAUGCUACCUCACCAAAUGUCAACGUGGGCACCGCCAUCUCAUGGAAGCAUCUGGGAAGCAUGGACAGAGAAGAGUUGGAGAAGAGUGGCCAAAACCUCACCAGGCAGCACCAAGACCAUGCCCGGCUCCCUCUAGGCAUCAAGGGUGACUGAGGCAGGUUCAGGGAGCAGAUGGAUGCCCUAGCUUUAUCCACUCAGAGGGAAAUGGGAGUGCUGAGGAUGGAGAGAGCAUUAGAAUGUUGGGAGAGGGCUGUGGGAGGGAGGGAGCAAGCACAUGAGGAUGGAAGGGCCAUCCUGGAGAUGACGUAGGAGGUGAGAGCAGAAAAGGUGGUAUGCCUGCAUCCAGAAGAGGACCUUGCUGCAGCGGUGCAUCUCUUCUGUUCUGCUUAAGCUCUGCCUGUGGGCGUGUGUUUGGCAAACACUGGCUUUCAUCAUGUUAGCUCUUGUUCAAAUAGGAAGCAAAAGUAGUAAUAUGGGAUGCCUUAAAGAAAUGAGCGAUCAUGGGAGUCACAGGAAUGGAUGGAGCAAAUGCUUAUCGACAGGGUUCCCAGUUUUUGCUCACCCUGGGUUAGAAGUUCAAAAUGUGCUAAUGAGACGAAAGGAUUACUUUGUUGAAAGCAUCUCUGAGUUGUUUCAGGUUAGACUAUAUGGGUCACCGUCUCCUGCACUUGGUUUCAGGGGAGGGAGAGAUUUGAAGAGAAUGUGCCUACCUGACCAGCUCACCCUCAGAGAGUCAGAGACUGCAGCAGGAUAGGGGUGUUUGCAAACAUGUUGGGGGUGAUCUGAGGUGAUGCAAAGGUUAUUCUGCAUGAUCCAAUGAUGGAAGGACUAAGAAUCUUCUAUCUGAGCUAUAUGGACCUUCGCAUGACUCUUUCUCUUCUGGCUGGAAGGCUUUGUUUUAUUAUUACAUCAAAGCUGUUUCAUCUAUGUAACCUUUCUACAUCUUGUGAGAUUUUUGACAAUAUAACCAAAAUGAGUUAACGUAUAAUUAGGAUGGAGAAAAUACUUCUCAGCUCACUGGGUUUAAAAAUUAAGAAUAAGAAAAUGUGGGUUGGCAAUAUGGGUCAGAUGUUAAAAACACCCGCUGGAGAAACCGGAUGAUCUGAGUGCCAUGCCUAGAACUCACCGUGCAAGGGGCAAGCCAAUCCCUGAAAGCUGUCCUCUGAUCUCCACAUGUGCACCAUGGCACAUGUGUGCCUGACCCGACCCAUGUAUCACACAUACACUUCACACACAGUAAUUAAAAUAAAGACAUCAAUGAAUAAAAAUACUAUAAUUGGCUCACAGAUAUUUAAAACUUUAAUAUGACUCCACAUUAAGGUAUAAGGGAAAAGUGGGUAAAUGUGAGUCAGGUGAAGAAACUCAGACAAAGAAGGGAGGCAGUAUAAGGAGAAAUGUAGAAGGGAGAGAGAAAAUUACACAGACCAAGUGCCAGGGAGAAGUGUACAGAAAAGCGGUGCUGUAAGAAAGUUCCAUGAUGGAUAAAGAAAAGAGACCAUGCUUGCCAGGGUGACCAAAGGAAAGAGGACAUUUCUGUAGAUCCCAAAGGCACAAUUUUUAAUGGCUUGACUUUGUUUCAUACCCAGAGACAAGACACUCAUUUGUGAGGUAGGUUUUAGAUUUUCGUUGCACCUCUAAAAUAUGAGCUGCAUAGCCAUCCAUUGUUCUCUGAUAUUUUAUUAAAAGUCUCAUCUUUAAAUAAUCAGAGAAGCUUUGAAAAAUUAGAAAAAGACUCUAAUAGCCCACAUGGAGCAAACAUGUCUGGCUUGCUGAGACUUUGUCUAAAAUAUUAACUCAGGGAAAGAAUAAAAUCGAGCUGGAUGCAACCAUGGCCUCUGUGCGGGGUCUGCCCGUUGUUGAGAUGGAUCCAGCAGCACCUUCUCCUCCUUUCCCCCUUUUAAUGAGUUGGUUAAUCCUCCUUGUCAACUCGGAAGGAUUCUGAAUCUCAUAGGAGGCAUACCUUGGCUGAAUCUGUGAGGGUAUUUCCAAAGAGAUUCAAUUGAAGAGGGAGACUUCCUGAAUGUGGAUGACACCAUCUGCACUAAGGUUCAGACUGAGUGAAAAGAGAAAAAGGAGCUGGGCUCACAUCUGUAAUCCCUGCACUCUGGAGGUAGAGGCAGGAGGAUGGAGAGUGGAUUUGAGGGUAGUUUGGCUUAUUUGAAACCCAAGAGAGACAGGGAGAGUGGCAAACUGAACCCCAACAUUCAUCUUUCUCACUGAGGACACAGUGUGGCAAACCACAUGACACUCCUGCAGUCAUGGUUUUCUGUGACAAUGACUGCACCCCACUCUUAAAUGGGGAUAUAGUCUUCUUUUAAGCUGCUUCUGUCAGAUAUUUUGUUAGUCACCAGAAAGUAGCUAAUACCAACAGAGUAGUACACGGUCAAGAGGAGGAGAAGACAGUGGCUCCUAGUCUUAAUGAUGAGCUUGUGUUCUAGCAUCCACCUUCCUGAAAGCAAUGGAGACCUUGGCUUAAAAGGUCUCUCAUAGCUCAUUCUUACUGACUUGGUGGGCAGUAAAGAUAGUGAGGCCUGCUUUUUCAGUGAGCCAUCCAUGGAACAAACAGAAGUCUAAACACCAGGCUUAUAGAAACUUGGGCUACAAUGCAGCCCUAUGAUACUCCUUUGUUGUCUCUUAAAAUAUUGAAGCUUUCCUUCCCAUAUGGUUUUCCCACAAGGUUAAGCCCCACUUCCAGGGCUGUGUCUGUCUGUUGGGGCUGAUACCUAAGGUAUUCAUCAGAGCAGAUGAUGAUGGCUAUAGGAAGUCACUUGCCCACACACUUGGAGCCAGAGCCAUUUUUGUCACAAAAGAGGUUGUCACACCUGGUAUCUCAAAAACAAAACAAAUGAAUAAAUCACAUGUAUGAGACUUAACAAAGUUGAGGAACGCAUAAAGGUUUGAGCUUUGCAAAACUCAAACUAAAUAAACACAAGCAAUUGAAAUCUGUAAAACACCACCAGAGUUCUGCUGAAGUCAGACCUUAACGGCCACAUUCAUUUUAUAUUUUGUGUUAUGGUAUGUUUCCCAUGGAUCUUAUUAAUGUAGAUUUUCUUUCUCUCUGGACAACAUAACCUUAAACCUUG